UGUUGUUUGCUCUCAUAUUCCCUCUCUCUCCUCCCUGCAUGUGACGCUGUCUGCCCACCCACUCCUAAAGGGAGGGAGAAAGAGAGUGAGGGAGAGAGAGAGCGAGAGAGAGAAAGAGAGGAGGGACACCAAGCAGCACAGAGAGUCAGUCUGUUUUCAGCUCCCAGUUCACUGUAGCUGCUCUGCCAGACAGCACUCCCCCAUCCACCAUCACACACUCUCAAACACAAUAACUCUCACCGUAAGACAGCUGACAACACCUUUUCAUCUCCUCGGCACCACCACAGACUCACACAGCCACAUCCAAAAGAGAAGAAGAGGAAGACAGACCCAAUUUGUACCGCAGACACGCCAGCUCUGGGGAGGCUGGUUUGAGGCAGGAGAGGGUGACUGGAGAAUGGAAUGGAACCUCAGAAGGAUGGAAAGUGAACUGAGGCACAUCAACCCGGACCUGCUGCAGCCCAGCAAGAGUUUCAAGAAGCCCUCUUCAGGCACCAUCACCAUCAACGUAGGAGGGUUCCUGUACACUGCACACCGAAGCACACUUGCCAAGCACCAGGGUUCUUUUCUGGAAGAGCUGGCCAAUGGUAAGAAGCCGGUCCAGCACACCGAUUCCAUGGGCAACCCAUUCAUUGACAGAGAUGGUCCAGUUUUUCGCCAUGUGCUCAACUACCUCCGAACUGGAGAGCUCCAGCUGCCUGACGACUUCCGGGAGGCAGGGCUCCUGCGACGGGAGGCCGAUUUUUACCGGCUGAGCGAACUGGUGGAAGCCGUGGCUGAGUGGGAAAGCCAGAGGGCGGCCCAGCGGGAGGCCGCCUUUUUGGAGGUGACAGAUAGCCACGAGAGGUCACAGGGCCUCAAGGUGUACUGCAGUGAUGCCAUCUUCAUCGACAAGGUCAAAGCGCGGCUGGUGCAGAUCUCCAAGAGCCGCCUGGACGGCUUUCCGGAAGAGUUCGUGGUGUCCUCCAAUGUGAUCCAGUUCCGACACUUCAUCAAGUCUGAGCCGGGCUCACGGCUCGUACUGAAGGAGGACAGCACAUUCCUGUGCACACUUGACUGUCUGAAACUAGAGACAGUGAUGCUAGCACUGAGAUCUGGCUUCAAGCUGGUCACCAGCCUCGACAGCAGCAAAGGCUCCGUGGUGGCGGCUGAGGCCCUGCACUUUGUCAAGUAGGUUGGAGGGAAACUGAGGGAAGAGAAAGCAGCAGGAGGAGGAGGAGGAGAAGGAGGAGAGAGAAAGGCAGAAAGGGAAAAGAGUAGUGCCUGAUUCCAUAUCCAUCAACAACGUAAGGUAUUGGCUUGAAGAUACUGUAAAGUGUUGAACUGUAAUGUGUCUCUGGGUGGGAAAACAGUUGGGUUGGACUGUGUCACAGUGCUUAUAUCUUUACUGAACAAUGCUGGCUUACAAACACAGGAUGUGAUAAGUUUGGGGGUAACACUGGGUGAUUCUAAAAUUAUCAGCAGAUUAUCAGCAGAUUGGCAUUUCGGCAUCAACCUUUACACUGCUUUGUAAGCUUGUAUUUAUAGAACUCAGAGAGAUCCAGACUAACUUAGCAUUUCUGAUGUCUAAAUUGUGUUUGAUUAGAUAUCACACAAAAGUACCACUCUGUAAUAUGGAAGACACGGCAACAGUGAAUCCAUCUAUAGAAAAGACGAAGAGAUCAAACUGAGAUUCUUAACAUCAACAGCUUUAUCGGUGGGUUCGUCUCUGCACAAGAACUGCUUCUGCUGCUUUGUCAACGGCUGCAAAAGCCUUCAAAACCAGCCGUGAUGUGCACUGUUGUGCCAUUCAGCUUUUACUACAGUCUGUGCGUGCGUGUGUGUGUGUGCGUGUGUGUGCGCUGCUGCGUGUGUGUGUGUGUGUGUUACUAUACACUGUGUGUGCUGUGUUUAGCUGGUUUAAUUGGUUGUGUUUAGUUUAUUAGCCUCUCUGGAGCCUGAAGGGAAAAUCCGCAGCACAUGAACCGUUGCUUUUCAUGGACUAUAAAACUUCCCAUCCAAAUCAGGCCGAAGCAAAAAGUGUUUCUCAGAUCGUGUCGACAAGUUGAGUUUAAGUGCAAAGAACCGUGAUUAUUGUAAGGGCUUUGAAUCUAGCAUGAUGCAUGUGCACUAAAUAAACUGUGUGUUUGUUAGUGCUGUGAGCCUCUGUGAAGUCAGUGCCACAACAAUGCCUAUUACUUUUCAAUGUGAACAUUUUACAAAUAAAAGUGACACUGA